AUGAUUAGACAAAAAGAGAAAACUACAAAAAAAAUUCAAAAACAACUGACAAAAUUAAAAAGGUUAAACGAAUGUAAAUAUACACUCGCUCGAAGUUUUAUGGAUUAUCCCGUGUUGAUGAACAAUAGAAAAGUUUUCAAUGUUUACAUUUUGCACCAUGAAUCUAGCGAAAUUAUAGCUACUUAA